CUCUCUCUCUCUCUCUCUCUCUCUCUCUUUAACAUUUCUUUUGGAAAGAGAACAGAUAUACAAUCCCAUUCAGAUUCAGAUCUGAACCUUUCUCAUCUCUGAUUUGACGCAAAAAUCUUCAAAAUGGCGACUGUCUCUCCUUUGGCCAAAUACAAGCUCGUCUUCUUGGGUGAUCAGUCCGUUGGCAAAACCAGUAUCAUCACUCGCUUCAUGUACGACAAAUUCGACACGACUUACCAGGCUACAAUUGGAAUCGAUUUUUUGUCAAAAACUAUGUAUCUUGAGGAUCGGACAGUUCGUUUGCAGCUUUGGGAUACUGCUGGGCAAGAGAGAUUUAGAAGUCUUAUUCCAAGCUACAUCAGGGAUUCUUCUGUUGCAGUAAUUGUUUAUGACGUUGCUAAUAGGCAAUCAUUUUUGAAUACUUCCAAGUGGAUUGAGGAGGUACGGACAGAAAGAGGCAGUGAUGUCAUUAUUGUUCUUGUUGGCAACAAAACUGAUCUUGUUGAUAAAAGGCAAGUAUCGAUAGAGGAAGGAGAUAACAAGGCCCGUGAGUUUGGAGUAAUGUUUAUAGAGACCAGUGCGAAAGCAGGAUUCAACAUCAAGCCUUUAUUCCGUAAGAUCGCUGCUGCCUUGCCGGGCAUGGAGACACUUUCCUCAACAAAACAGGAAGACAUGGUCGAUGUCAACCUGAAGCCAACUGUCAAUUCAUCCCAGUCAGAGCAACAAGGAGGGGGUUGUGCAUGUUAACAAAAUGUACUUAACCAACAGGGUAGAUAAGAAUCAAAUACUCUGGACUACACAAUGGGGCAGGUAAUUGAUACGUUCAAUCAUAUGAUUGCAAGGAAAAGAAAAAGUUACAUCUCGUAGCAAGAAAUUGUUGGCAGAUAAAAAUGCUAUUUGUUCAGUAUGCCAUCCAGUUUUUGAAUAUUUUAGGGGAGCAGUAAGUGGCCCAUCUUCUCCAAGAUACUAAAAUAUAGACCUUUUGGUAUUCUGUUAACUUAUGUAUUACAGUAUUAGUGAUUCUUAUACUUGUUUCUUUUUCUGAUACAUAUUAAGAUAUUUCUUCAAGGACCACCAUCCA